AUGGAGAGAUUUCUGGAGAUCUUGAAGACCCUUGAUGUCUUGGCUCGUAUGAAUCGCAAGCUGCAGACGUCGCUUUUAGACUUUGGUGACUGGUCAGUCGAAGUGGAAGACAGACGCAAGCUGCCGGACGUAGUCGCCUACAAGGUUCCCGUGAUCGAGUUCACCGACAAAGGCCUUCAUAUGCUCCGUUCAUGUGGCAUUGUCCAUGGCGACGUCAAGGCAGAGAAUGUCUUGGUCUUUCCCAAUGAGAAGAACAAGUAUAAAGCCAAACUGAGUGAUUUCGGCUACUCCCUGGUUAUGAAUACUGAAAAGAGAAACCUCUCGCUGGGGGGAACCCGGCCAUGGAAGGCCCCCGAGGCGAAGACAGCGGUCUGGGUAUCAGACACAAAGUAUACGGACAUAUACUCAUUAUCCCUCCUCAUCUGGUUUACAUUUGCCCAUGGCCGCAACAUCUUCAAGCUCCUUUUGGACCCAUCCAAGCAUGGCGAAGAAUUCUAUGCAGAAGCCGAGAAAAUAAAAGAAACCGGAGAACUAGCUACCCACACAGAUCUUUCUACUUGGUACUGA